AUGCCGUCCAAUUUGCGCCGGCUAGCUGCCGACCACGCUGCCUUGCACCGCGAUCUUCCGCCGUACUACUUGCAGCCCUCGGAUGGUGACGACCUGUCACAGCUGACCAUACUCCUCACGGGCCCAGCGGGCACACCUUUUUCACAAGGAUUAUGGGAGCUCCAUCUCAAGAUGCCCGAUGACUAUCCCAAGAGCCCCCCAAAGGCCACCUUCAAGACGAAGAUAUGGCACCCGAACAUGGAGGAGCUCACUGGAGCUGUUUGUGUAGAUACGCUUAAGCGGGAUUGGCAGCCCAAUCUAACCCUCCGCGAUGUAUUGGUGACAAUCUCAUGCCUGCUUAUCUACCCCAACCCUGACUCUGCCCUCAACGCCUCCGCAGGCUCUCUCAUGCAAGAGAACUAUGAUGCUUUCGCACACCAAGCCAAGCUUAUGACCUCAAUCCACGCCCCGAUCCCACAGAACCUCAAAGAUGCAGUGACCGAAGCAAAGCUCCGCGGCGAGGAGGCAGGGACCACACUCGAGAAGAAAGAAGAAGACGCAGUCCUUAAACGCCCGCGGAAACACGCCCGUACCCACACCACCACAAUCAAGAAAACUGCACGCGACACCACUGCAUUUGAAACCCCAUCGCAAUCCUCAUAUCCUUCACAAUCCUCCUCAAAUCCUUUUGCCCAACCCUCCCCACCCAUGACAGACGAUGUCAUGAAUGACAGCGAAAGUGACGACCCCGCUAGCGCAAGCAAAGAAAACAACCCAACCCUUUCCCCCUCCCCUGUCUACCUCGCGCCCCCAAGUCCCCGUAAAACUGCCUUGGGAAAACGCCCCCUCUCUGUUCUCUCAAUUCCCUACCCCGAAGACUCUGAUGCAGACAUGAUGCUCAUUGACUCCGACAACGACAACGACACCCCCGCCAUGACCUCCAAUGAACGAAACAUCACCGCAAACACACGUUCCCGUACUUCAUCACCACUACGGAAAACACCCAAGCUCUCCCUACUCUGUGGAGGAGUCAACGCUUCCGGCCGUCUCCGCGAUGAAAUGCCAAUAUUCGAAGAUUUGCCCCAGCUGGCCAUGCAAGACCCUCUACGCCGGCUGAGCGGGGAUGGCAAAGAGAACCGCGGAUCUGCAACCGCGCGCGGUUUGAAAGAGAAGCGUGAAUACCACCCCAUGAAGACGCUCAAUGGCUCUACUCCCCUUUCUCCAGCACAUGCUCAUAUCCCCACGUCAUCACUAUCAUCAUCUCUCUCGGGCUCCUCAAAUUCUGGAAUCUCCAAGAAGAAAGCCAUGAGCGGCCCGCACAAGCGCCUUGCUGUAAGAGCAAAGCCGCGCAUUGGCAUUCGCCGGCUAUGA